CCUCUCCCUCUCCCCUCCUCCUCCACAGGCCGCUUGCUCCUUCCCCUCCCCCACACUUGACUUUUCCCUCCCGGUCCGCCAUGGGUCGCCGGUCACCGGUAUCGCCGGGAGCUGGCCCGCGCCCCCAUCGGGCCGCUAGCGUCAUGGGCAUCCUUCUGUUGCUUGCACUGGCGACAAUGGCCGCAAUGAUUGGCCCAGUCACGGCUGCCUUCUCGGGCUCGACUUCUGCCUCCUCGCCGGAUGCCCCCUCGGGGCCUGAUUCCGGCUCCAUCCCCGCCGAUUCAUCGGCCUCAUCUUCGGCUCCGGCUUCCUCGCCGGGCUCUUCUUCGGGCUCGGCUCCGGCCUCUUCGUCCGGGUCCGUCUCCACCUCGACUUCGGGCUCGAUGUCCACCUCAACCUCGGGCUCGAUGUCCACCUCAACCUCGGGCUCGAUGUCCACCUCAACCUCGGGCUCGGUGUCCACUUCAACUUCGGACUCGGCCUCCUCCUCUUCCUCCGGGAGUCCUCCUCCGAGCCAGGACCUUGCCUGGGCGGACUUCCACAUCUCCGAGGAGCUAAAGAAGCCCCUUUACCAUAUCACCGACAUGCCGCUGAUCAUUCACGCGGUGGGCAUCCCCUUCAAUGCCUUCCCUCAGCAAGAGUGCCCGGAUGCCUCUCUCACUUGCGCGGCGGCGGUCUUCCUUAAGAUCGAACAAAUCGAGUGCCCGAACCAAAAGGCCGACCCUGUGGCUCUCCUGUCCGGGGAGGCGGCCACCUGCAGCCCGAUCAUCUUCCACCUCUUCGGUCUGCGCUAUUGCCAGCCAUUGGGCGAGUACUACCGGUGCAUUGUCCACAAGUCGGAUCUUCACUCGCCAGACACCCCGACUCCGACCCCGCCGACUCCGACCCCGCCGACAGCCGCGACGAUGCUUGCCACCUCCCCUCCGCCCAGCACUCAGGCUGCCUGUCUGCCGGGCGCCAACGACUGUGUGCUGACUCGCGCUGCUACCCUUCGGAUUGUUGUCCCCGCUCAUGACGUGCCCCGGCACAUUGGCAAGUUCCUCAUCUCGGCUGCCGUGUCGCCGGAUCCCACCCAGUUGCCUGAUCCGAAUAACCCCUUCCCUCCCAAGGGCGAGCCGAUGGAUGAGCGCAUCGCCACCUUCACGGCCAACUUUGUGGAUGUCUACAACUUCCCGGUCGAGUUUGAGUACUUUGUGGAGAACCCCCGGUCGUAUGACGCAAUCAUCCGCAUCACCAACAUCGUUUCUUGGAUUGGUAUCGCGGUCAGCUUCAUUCCUCUCAUCUUCUUUGUCCUUGUCUUCUAUUUCGACGUUCGGCUGCCGCUCGGGCUGGAAUGAAUUGCGCUCCUGGUCGUGAAGGACAGGCGAAUGAUCGGUGGGGGCAUUUUCCUCGGACUGGCAUCCUGCCGUCUGGCCUGUCCUCCUCCCUUUUCCUUCUUUCUCUCUUUUCUUCUUUGCUUUUAGCUUCCCCCCUUCCCUCCCCUUUCUCUCUGCCAGCCGGAAGGGGUCGGCCCCAAUAAUAGAACGUCCUCCCACGGUCUCCGCUUUCUUGGUGGUGGAUGGGCGUGUAUGUGUUCGCGGGACCUCA